AUAAAUUUGCAUCUUCAUUUGAGGUUUUUUGAUCUAUCUUUGAGUUUCAUACAUUCAUUCAUUGAUUCACAUAUGAGCCAACAAGUAGUUUUACGGCCUCUAAGACAUCAUUGGCCAUGGCUGUUUCACUUUCACCAUUCUCCUACUUCUACUUCUGCCAAAGCACUAUAUCUUCAUCUUCUUCCUAACUCAUCAAAACCAUCAUCAUCAUCACCAGAACCCAUAAACACUCGUCGUUUCUCGUUAGCUGCAUCUCGAGGAAGCCUUCGAAGAACCAAUGUUCAGAAGGAUGAAAAAGAAGAAGAACAACAACAACAAGAUCCUUCCAUUAAGAGCCGCAACGAAUUGAAACGUGAAGCUAAACGUGCUGUUAAAUGGGGAAUGGAUUUAUCUUCCUUCAAUCCUCCCCAAAUCAAACGCAUCCUUAGGGUGUUUUCUUUGGACCAAAUUGUCUAUGAAGCUCUUAUGUUGGUUAAGAGAAUGGGACCAGAUGUUCGGGAAGGAAGACGGCGUCAGUUCAAUUAUAUAGGAAAAUUGCUACGGGAUGUGGAACCGGAAUUAAUGGAUCGAUUAAUAAAAGCAACAAAGGAUUCUGAUCAUGAGGAGCUGCGAGCCUUAACUGGCUUAGUGUGUGAUGAUCCUGAAGAUGAUGAUGACUCGAUAGAAACUGAAGACGAGACGGAUGAUGAGGAAUUUAAGAGUUAUGAUGAAAGUCAAGUAACAAGGUGGUUUGAUGGUUUGAUCAACAAGGACAUUCAAAUCACCAAUGAAGUUUAUUCAAUGCAAGGUGUUGAGUUUGAUCGUCAGGAGUUGAGAAAGCUCGUACGUAAAGUGCAUUCAACUCAAGAAAUGAAGGCUGCCGAUGAAGAAGAGGAGAAAAAAAUAGAGACAGCAGAGAUUAGGGCUAAGAAGGCCCUCAAUCGUUUCCUUCGUAUUCUUUCAAAGAAUAUUGCUGAUGAACAUUAAUACAUUGUUAACCUUAACCAUACAUUGUUUUGGAAAUAUAUUUUUCUUAAUGAUCUGAAUAGUGAAUGGUUUUGAAUUUUUGUUACGAUUGAUCACUAAA